AUGGAUUUAUACGAGUAUUUCAUUUCCUGUGAAAUGUUUCGACAAAUCUUAGAAGCCGUCAAUUAUUUGCAUGAAUUGAACCCAAAGAUCAUUCACAGAGACCUAAAACCAGACAAAAUAUUGAUUGCACACAACGUAAGGAACGGCAGGUUUUUGAAGUUAUGUGACUUCGGGUUGUCUACAGUUCACGACAAACGGGUUCACUACAGGACUACACGUCAACAUACGGCAGAUAUUGGGGACGUUAGAUACAUAGCACCGGAAGUAUUUCAGGGCAAGAAGUAUAACCACAAAUGCGAUGUCUAUGCCCUGGCCCUAAUUGGUGGCAACAUAUUUGAUCUGGAUGUGUUUGAUUUAAAUAAUUCGCAGCCCUAUUCAAAAGCACACACUGCCCUAAACGCACCGGUACUUGAAUUGCAAACAAUAUUGGACUCUAUGUUCACCAAUACGUGGGCUAAACGCCCGGAAUGUCGUGAAGUGAUAGACAAAUACAACGAGUGGUCUAUUGAUCAGAAUAUUCUCACAAACGAUACGGAAUUUGACGGAACUUUACAUAGACUUCAAGCAAACGAUAACUCAUUUUUCUACCAAAUCUUGACAUCUAUUUUGAACAAAUAA